AUGGAGUGGAGAUGGGAUGAAGGGAAUGGCAGAGUGCCUCGGAGCUCAGUGUUAGUUAGCAACGUCAAAAGGCAACUCCCGUGCAAGGAGCUAGUGGCAAAAAGGAAAAUCCUGCCCGAUUUGGACGCACAGGUGGGGAACCGGCCCCCAGGAAGGCCUGGUGGCUGCAGGGGCCCCGGCGGAGAGCCGCCAGAUCGCGGAGGGGUGGGGACUGCGGGGCUCGCUUCCGCGGCCCAGGAGGGCUGGGCCCUUUCCCCAAGAUCAGAGAGCGACCUGCUCCCCACGCCCUUCCCACCCAAGAAUACUUUUCUUGCUAAGUCACGGCGGCAGGAGGGCGAUGCUGCCCGAGAGGCCUCGGGUGAAGCUGCGCCGGCCCGGCCCGGCGCUCGCGCGUCCUCUCGCUCGCGCCCGAGCACUCCCCUCCGGCUCCUCCUCGCUCCCUGGACCCUCGGGUCGCUGCUCGUUCGCUCCCUCACUCGCUAUCUCCGCCGCCGGACUCCGCCGCCGCCCCGCCGCUCCAGCUCCGUCUGUCACAGGAGCUGCCCCAACGCCCUGACGUCACCGCGCUGCCGCCGCCCCAGACCCGCCAGGAAGAGGGAGGGGAGCGGAGGUGCUGAGGCGCAUGCGAGGGCUGGGCCGCGCGCUCUUCCGCAGGGUGGCCUGGAUUCUGUACCCCGGCCCGUGGCCGGGCUUGCCCCGCGGACGCGGGUUUUCUCACUCCCUGCCCUCCGUACCCUUGGGGAGAACCCCUUUUGCCCUAGACUCUUGUCUGACUGUUGGGUCCCAACACCAGCUCUGGCUCUGUUUUGGCCCUCGCUCCUCGGUCCAGGCAGACAGCGGGUCCCUGCUGCACAAGCGUCCCUGCCCUGGCUGGAUCGAGCCAGGCCAGGCUGUUCCCUUUCUGCCUGUAUCCUGUGGGAUUAUUCUCCAUCCCCACCCAAAACAACGAUUUUUAAUUGGAAGGAAUCGCCCGUAGAUGUGAUUCAGCUAUUCUUUUCCUUAGUCACACGAACACAUCAGAGAUUCUGGAAACUGACGUCCACAGAAAGAUCUGGAACAUUAUCCCUACAAGGCACGUCUGUAUUUUAUUAAAUUAUGAAUUGAAAUAUU